GGACCAAAGACUCACUGAACAAAAUUGGUUUUAUGGAUAACUCGACACACGAUUUCUUACACGAUUUGAUAGUGAAAGACAACAAUACAUUAUUAGAUGAAACGCUUGUGAUUUUCUUCUCAGAUCAGGGCUCAGAUUGGUCUCCGAUUAAUGAACUUUAUUUCAAAGAAGUUGAGUCGCGGCUACCCUUUCUCUUUAUGAGACUACCAAAACAAUUACGAGAUAAAUACGGACCCGUUUUCAACACCAAUACUAAACAGUUGAUCACUCCCUUUGAUAUUCACGCAACACUUGUCCACAUACUUAAUGGUGAGGCAAACAAAACAUUACCUCACGGUCUGUCGCUAUUGGAUCAGAUACCAGAUAACAGGGACUGCAAAAGUGCUUCCAUACCAGAAAAUCUCACCCGAACGGACCGACCCGGAAAAGUGGACAAUCAUGACGGCAGCACUGCUCGCAAGCCCUCAAAUAAAAAAGACUAUAAGUUUAAGGAAAAGGAUUUGAAACAAGCGAAGGCUCGAUGGAUAAGCCUCCAGGAGGAGGACUGGGGCGACGAUAUGAUGCAAAAACCCAUUGAUGAACCUCCACGAAGGGACGGCAGCACUGCUCGCAAGCCCUCAAAUAAAAAAGACUAUAAGUUUAAGGAAAAGGAUUUGAAACAAGCGAAGGCUCGAUGGAUAAGCCUCCAGGAGGAGGACUGGGGCGACGAUAUGAUGCAAAAACCCAUUGAUGAACCUCCACGAAGGACUAAUAGAGAAUUGGGCGAAAUGUGUACGUAUUCUCGGGACUGCGAGUCUGGUUGUUGUCUAUUGGAAAGGUCUACAAAACUUCGCUCGUGUCAGCCCCGGGCAGUUAAAGGUGAAAAGUGUUCAAAUGCCCAAGUUAAGGCAGACAUCUAUGUCGAUGCCUGUCCCUGUGUUAGCGGAUACAACUGUUCAGAAGUGAAUAGCGAGACAAAUGUGGGCGAAGGGGAUGUCGAGGGUUUGGCCAAAUAUGGCGACGACUACGACGAGGCGGCCGACCAUAUGUGCCGUAUGAUUGAGAAAAAGUAUCACGAGGUGUGGUCAUGCAUUAUAGGGCAAAAGUUUGGCUACUCCAUUGAAGAGCCUGAACCUGGUAAAUUGAUGCUCUUUUACAUCGGCAAUGUCAAUAGGAUACGAGUCAUGGCUUUUGUAUCGAAAAACUAA